GCUCAUUGUGUAAUUGCUACAUAAAUAUAAGCUUGAAACUCCGAUUGUCGGUGCAUUUCUCCAAAUAUUUUCCAAAGAACGAGAGCAUCAUGGAAAUUGUUGGUAAAAUUGAAUUGGUUCUCUUGAUUAUUUUCAACAGUGGUCUGCCGACAAAGAGUCAAUGGAUUACAGAGCGGCCACUACAAGACAUCGGUUACAAGUUCGAAUCGAUCAGUCGAUAUGUGGAGACGUCACCAGGGGGUGACAGGAAAGCGUGGUUUACGAUAAUAAUGCAGGCACCAAAUAACGCCGAACCUCGGCCAAGUGAUCCUAGAUUGACCUGGAUGAGAGUGUCCAAUGUAAAUAGUGCCGUGUCCUUCUUCCAAGCAAAUCUAAAUAACACUUUCAUCAAAGCAACAAAAUCCUACAGUAUCCCGAAAAUCUGGCUCUCGUCUGGAACUGAUGAAUUUUCUUUCCAAAUGAACGAAGUGUCAACCCAGGAGACACAGACGCAAUUCAAAGGAAACUCAUGCCAGUUCGGAGUUGAGAAAAAACGGAGCGUGGAUGGGAAAACGCACUUUAAAAUAAUUCUGGGAAAUUGCGACAGCAUUCCUUAUUUCUACGCACAGCUGAAGAAUGAAAAUGAUAAACUUUUAUUCCGGGAACUAUCUACGUACUUUUCCCAAACGGAGGAAAUGGCGUCACAAGCUGACAACACCAAGUACAGAACUUGUACUGUUGAUACGUUGGCUAUUGUAGAAGCUGGGUUAAGCUUUAAGCUUGACUUUACUUUCAGCAUUUUCAAUGAAAAUUUUGGUGACGAUGUUCUAGAAGGUUUCAUGUAUAUGUACAAUGUCUUAACAAUCUAACAUGUACUGUUAAAUAGAAAUAAAAUCACAGCAACAAGAUA